UGACGUAAGCAUACGCAAUUUGACGACGAAAUGACGCCAUCUUUAAUGCCAGAUUAUUGACGGCAAAUUUGUUCGUAGACAAUGCUAAGCAGCAUAAAAAACAAAGAAUUUAUGUAAGUAAAUAGUAAAUGCGGUAUACUCAAGGUUUUUUGUGAAGUUCUUUAAGUUAUUUAGAGAUGGAUAAGUGUUCAUGAACUUUUUUGUGUUUAAAUGUUUCAAUUAACAUUGUGCACCUCAAAAUGUCUGUUCAUUAUAAGUUCAAGUCAGCCCUCGAGUACGAUACCGUUACUUUUGAUGGAUUGCACAUUAGUGUUAGAGAUCUUAAAAAUGCUAUUAUGCAGCAGAAGAGGAUUGGAAAAGGCACCGAUUUCGAUCUGCAAGUCACAAACGCCCAGACUAAAGAAGUUUAUGAAGAUAAUGAUGCCUUGAUACCAAAGAAUACUUCUUUAUUAAUUGCUCGCAUUCCUUCAUCUCAAGUUAAAGUGAAAACUUGGGAAGGUUAUGGGGGCAGUGCAAGCCCUGAUACUAAAAUAGAUGAUAUUGGCCCCAUUGCUAAGACUGCAGAUCUCUCAAAAUUGGAUGCUUCAGAAGAAGAUAAAAUUAGGGCUAUGAUGUCACAAUCCACACAAGACUAUGAUCCUAGCAAUUAUUUAAAAAUUAGGGGUUCCAAUCAAGUAGGAGCAGUUCCUCUUAAUUAUCGUUGUUUCAAGUGCCACCAAGGUGGACAUUGGAUCAAAGACUGUCCAUUGAGCCAAGGAGCUGAGCCAAUGGAAAUUAAAAAAAGCACAGGGAUUCCUCGCAGUUUUAUGGUCCCCGUGGAAGGUCCACAGGUACCUGGGGCCAUGAUGACCCCAAAUGGUUCAUUUGCUGUUCCUGUUCUUGAUCAUCAGGCCUAUAAUGAAAAACCACAACCUCCAGCACAUCCUGAGGAAAAACAACCUGAAAUACCUGAAGAUUUGGUAUGUUCUAUUUGCUCCGACCUUUUGACUGAUGCAGUGAUGAUUCCAUGUUGUGGUAAUUCAUUCUGUGAUGAAUGUAUCAGAAGCAUCUUGCUGGAAUCUGAAGACCACGAGUGUCCUGAUUGUCAUGAUCGUGAUAUUUCACCUACAACUCUCAUACCUAACAGAUUUUUAAGGAAUGCUGUAGCGAAUUUUAAAAAUACCACAGGAUAUGUGAAAAGACCUGUGUAUAGGCCUCCACCUACUAUUGUAGAACCUCCUGAACCCAAGAAAGAUGAAGAACCAGCGAAAGUUCCUACAUCCACAACACCAACUCCCAUCAAAGAAAGUACUCCGCCGCCUGUAGUACCUCAACCUGAGACCGAAAAAUUGGUCAUAAGCGAAGCAGAUUCCACAGAAACGCCCAAGACUAUUGUCAAAGAUACAGCACCAGAGGAUAAAGUCUCCAGUCAACAAAUAAACAUCCCAGAAGGUCCUCCAGGUGUAUCGCCGAAGAAAGAUGAAUCACCUAGGGCCCAACCAAUUACUACAAUGGCAAACGUUCCGAGAAUUGUUGGACAUCCACGCCAUAAGUCAUCUCAUGAUCGGUCACCUAGGAGGCACCAUCCUCACCAGAAAUCUCCGUCAUACAAGGAAACAAUAAAUCACAUGGAAGAUAGACCUGGAACUCCCACUGUUGAUGAACCUGGGGGUAUAGAAAAUAUGGCACCGUCCACUAAUGGCAAGAGUGUUUAUCAAGCAGGAAUGCAACCUUAUGGAACACCUUUGGCUGGUGUCAUGCCACCUGUGGGAGUCCACCCUCCUGUAGUAGGUUCCUACAGGCCUCCUAUGGCAGGCUAUCAGGGACCACCACCGAAUUUUCGAAUGCCACCACCCAUGUCAAAUCCACCACCGUACUUACCCAGCCCUUAUACUGUACCACCUCGUCCAGUUUACGACGGGGACCGAGCGGCUCCCUACUCAAACUAUUCAGCGACUUACAGGCCUUCCAGGGGUAGAGACUAUCCACCCCGUGAACCUUUAAGGCGCGGUAGAACACCUCCUGGUGUAAUAGAUGAUCCUUUAGCUGCAUUCGAAAGGAUGCUUAAAGAGAAGGACGAGAGAGAGCGUAGGGCCAAGCAACGUAAAACUAGAAGUUACAGUCGUAGCUCUAGCAGAAGUUAUAGUAGAUCACCGGUACACAGGCGGGGGCGUAGCCGAUCGCCCCGCAGACGCAUGUCACGAAGUCGUUCGAGGUCAUUCUCUAUUAGCAGGUCACGAUCUCGUAGUUUUUCUCCAAGUCCAAGGGGAUCUCCCCCAAGGGACUAUUCGCCUAGAGGGUCGCCUCGUCAUAAGGGGCCUCCCAGGUAUCGAUCGCCCAUCAAAUCACCUCCAAGAGGUCCCUUGCCCCCUGAGCUUUAUCGAGGCGGCUUUAAACGAACCGAUCGCGACCGUGACCUUGAUAGAGACCGUGAUUACCAUCACCCUCCUCCUCCCCAUCAUCACCGCGACAGACGCGGUUACAGCAAAGACCGAGAUAAAGAUUAUGGAACAGGAGGACGUGACAUGCGUGGCCGUGGUAUAGGUGGCCCUCCACCACUUUCUUCUUCAGCCGGUGAUUACGGCCAUGCCCCCUACUAUGAUACGUACGAUCGAGGUGGAGGAGGCGGUGGCCGCAAGCAAAACCAGGGACCGCCUCCAUCAGUCUCGGCACCAUCGUCCGCGCAAUGGAACCAGUCGUCAAUGAUAGGGUUAGGCCCCCCCAGGAAGGAGUAUCCGUCUAGCAGUCAUCCUUAUUAUGCCUCAGAUGUCGGACCAAUGCACAGAUACCAUAGUCGCGAUGACAAUCCUCCACACCACCUACCACCCCUUAUGCAGCCGCCACCAACACAACAACCGCCCUCUUCCCACUUACCUCACAUAAGACAAUACGACGAUAUCGCACCCCCAGGAGUCGAACAACCCCCUAUACCCGGCUUAGAAAGCACCCCUAAGUAUGAAGAACGAUAUAGUACUCCCUAUGAGACUGAUCGUCCUGUAGAAAAGUAUGACAAUUAUGAUCGUGUAAGAGAAGAAAAAGUUAGAGAUGAAAGGAAAAGAGACGACAGGGGAAAUUAUAGAGAUGAGAGGGUAAAAGAAAGGGACGAGAGAACUAAAGAAAGAGACGAAAAAGUAAAAGAGCGGGAAGAAAAAAUUAAAGAAGAAAAACUGAAAGACGAAAAAGUUAAAGAUGAAGAGUAUUCGGAAGUAAGGGGUGUUAGGAGAAGUAGGCACAGUCGUACCCCAGAAAAGUCACACGACAGUAACAGUAAAUCUUCAAAACCUCGUUCUCCAGAAAAAUAUAAGCGUAGAAAGUGGGAUGAAUCUUCCGAGGGCAGAGAGAAACGUAGCACUCACGAAAAAGAUAAAAGCCGAAGGAGAGACACCUCAGACGAUAAGAAGAGUAGAGACAAAAAGAAGAGAAAGGAAAAGAAAGAAUCAGAAAAGAAAAAACGUAAGGAUAAAAAAGAAAGAAAAGAGCAUGAUAAAGAAAAGACGAGAAAAAUGGAAGAACACGAUUCAGAACAGGAGAAGGUAUCGAAAGAAGAUUACCCUGAGCCUAAAGAUAAAGAACCACAGCGUAGUAAGGAAAUUGAUGAAAAAGUUUUACCUGAAACCGAACUUGUCGAAAAUAGAGAGGAAUCUCCAGAAACAACUGUUUCCAAUGAAUCUGGAAAGCAAAAGUCGAAAGAAACGUCGGAAAUUAAGGAAGAGAAAAUGAAAAGUGACUUGUACGGAGAUUUACUGAGUGAAGACGUAGACAACACUGUCAUACAAACAUACGGAAAACUCGCUAAAAAUGACGAUGAUGAACAACAGUCGCCCAUUAAGCCUAAAAUAGUUUCACCAGAAAAAGAAGAAGUAAUAAUUCCAUCGAUUGAACAAAAAGAAAUAUUCAUCGAAGAACCUAAAGAUUUAGACGACUCGGAAAGAGACAUACUAGAAAUUCACACGAAUGAAUCUGAUCUGAAACCGGAUCUCGAACUGAAAAACGAAGUCCUAGCUCCGAUUCCUGAAAAAUCAAAAUGGGAAGUGGAAGAAGACUCCGUCGUAAUCUUUAGCGAAUCCUCAAAUAUUGAUACUAAGGCAGAAAAAUCGGAUAAGUCGGCCAAAGUAACCAAUGAGGUCCUUAAAAGGGCCGAAAACGCUAUUUUUGCUAAAGCCAUUAAUGCCAUUCGACCUAUCGAGAUUAAAAAGAUAAGUUUAGACAGAGCAAAACUCUAUUCAGGAGAAAGGGACGGUAAAGAAAGAAAAGUGGAAGAGUAUAAAGACACCGAUGGUCGUAACAUACAAGUUACCAUCCCAGUAAAUUACGAAUCGGAUAUUCAUCCACCAUCUACAGAAACGAAACCUGUUAUUACAAGCAAACCUCGACUGUCAGUUAAAGAACGCCUUGGAGUUAAAGUAGACGAUUUGGAUAACAUUAUCCAAGUAGAACGUAACAGAUCCAGAAGUUUGUCACCAUUCAGCAGACGUGCAAACUAUGCCGAUAGAAAUCUAGGACAUGGAGAGCGUAGAGUACAAUUGGAUGAAAGGCGUAGAAGAGGAGAAAGCAGUAGAGAACACCAAAGAAGUAGUAGAUAUGAUAGGAAGGAUCCUAGGAGAGACCGUAACUAUCACAGAACCGAAAGAUCGUCCAAAAGAGACAGAGACAUCAGUAGAGACAGGAGCGGCCACGUAAGACGAGACAGAAAAGAUUCCAGAACCCCAUCUAAAAAGAUAUCACACGAGCGCGCAAAAUCCAAACAUAAGAGAGAGUCUUCAAGCUCUAGCUCGACUAGCGAUAAGAAGACUACUGAAAAAAAGAAAAAGGAUAAGAAAAAAGAGAAAAAACGUGAAAAGUCCAAGAAACACCACAAAGAAGAAGAUAGCAAAGAUAACGUUAAUACUGGCGAAAAAGAGAAGAAAGAAGAGAUUAAAGAAACUACAAAAACGUCAGCAGAACGGCGUAAGUCAAUGAUAGACGAAGCACACUUCGAACCCGAUUAUGACUUGGAGACUGAGUCUGAAAAAGAAGAAAAGCCGAAAGAAGAAACGAAAAAACGAAGCAAUUCCAAGACACCAGAUUCUUUAGCGUCCAAAAAAAGGAAACUGGAUAAACGAAGAGAUUCAAGUUCCGACAGUUCGUCUAGUUCAAGUUCCGAAGAAGAAAAAAAGCGGAAGAAGCACAAAAAACGAAAAAAAAAGAAAACAAAGAAAGAAAGCAGUUCCAGUUCAAGUUCUGAAAGUGAAUCCGAAUCUAGUGCAGAUGAGAAAGAUCGAAAGAAAAAGAAGCACAAGAAAAAACAGAAAAAGAAAAAAAAAUCAAAGAAAUGAGUUUGUGAUUUAAUAAAUUAUUUUUUUGAUGGACUUUAAUAAUGAACAUCUAUGUUUUUCUUUUUGUAAAAGUAAUAUUCAGCUAGUGCUUAAAAAGCAUUUAGUAAUUGUAAUACAUAAUGGUGUACAUAGGUACCGUAAUUAAAAAUAAAAAACCAGAUACAUAACGCUUAAGAUCGUGAUUUUUCCUACGUGGUAGAGAAGACUUAUUCUGGACCUCUGCCUCACACUAGUACACUAUGGAAAGGUAUCAUAUUUAUUAACAGCCCAUUUCGUUUCAAUAUUUAUAACAUAUUACAAACAACAUUUUGCUAAUCAUUGUAUCUUUUUCCCCUCGUUAUAGUUUGGAUACUUAUUUCGAAAAAGUAACAAAUCAUCCACAUAAACAGAUAAGACCGAUAUUCAUCAGCAAAAAAGCGUUUCUCAUUUGUUUAUCCCAAGGUUAUUAAGAAUGGAUCUUCAUAGACAAAUUCAGUCUAACACAGACGCUCUGGUGGACAACGUGUGUUGUAAUAGGUCCCAGAAAACGUGCCCAAGAACUUGUUUACAUACAAAGAGAAAUACUAAAUAUUUUGGGAUGAAUA